AUGAUUGCGAUCGGGUCGUGCUUUGGGUUUGCUCUACUCGGAGGGUUAUGCAUCUUGUUCACUUCCGAUGUGGAGCUGGAGGUUGCCGCAUUUCUUGACAAAUCUGUUGUACUACGAGACGUUGAAAACCGAGAGAAGCUUCUGAAAGACACUAAGAAAAUCCUAGAGUUUGCUGCCGUUGUUCUCAUUGUGAGUGCUGUAGCUCACCUGUGUUUCAGCUGGUAUCUCCGUCGAUUGGUGGGCGAACGGCGCGCUGCUGUUGCCUUCCUGCAGAUUUUCAGCGUGAUCAUGUUCCCGCUGUCUCUGUUUCUCAUUCUCGGUGGCAACUACAUCGUCGAUACAGGGACUCUAGCCUCGGCACCAUACGCAGGACUCGCGAUUUUUUCUAGCGGAGUUCUGCUGCUGAUUGUGGCGCUCCUUGCAUUUAUUGGCGGCAACUUCGAAUAUCGCCGACUACUUUCGAUCUGUUACUUGAUUUCAGCGCUUAUCGGAGCGUGUUUGGUUGUACUGGCCAUCACUUGUUUCGCUGGACGAAGCUUUGUUGAGGACAAUAUCCUCGACAACUGGGAAAGUAUUCGCAUUCUACUACCUCCGACUUCACAAGUUGCGUACGAUCGUGAUCGGUUCGCGGCAGUCAUGCGAUCCAACUUGAAUACUGUUGCGUAUGUGGGACUGCUAUCGGGGAUAUUCGUGCUAUCUGAAGCAGCUAUGAGCUUAACGCUCAUGCGUCAUGCGUCGUCCUGGAAACAACAACUGGCCCGAGCGAAACGUAGUAUGAAAGACCUACAGCAGACCGCAGUGAGUCUUGAUCCAAUUGAGCCUAGCACUGACGUCCCUCAGCCAGAAUCCGCACUCUCCUUUCUCCAACAGUGGGUCAAACACUUCGAGACCUCGACAAGGCGGCAACGGAUAGCCAUGCGGAUCGUUAUGGCGCUCAUUGUACUUGCGGUCAUGUUUAUCCUUGCAGUUAUGUGCGCCAACGUGAUCUUCGUAGCGAAGUGCAGCACUCUUGGCAAUCAAAUUGCAUCUGCUAGUAUUCCUCUUGUCAACUCGAGCUCAGAAGACAUAACGAACAUCAUCCAUGUGCAAAACUCGUUUUCGCGUGGAGAAAUCGUCGUUUCGUCAUCAAAUUCGACAACAGGCAGCGUGGAACUCAAAUUUUACUCAUCCGAUGGUGGAUCUGUCGGAGCAUCGGAUAUGUAUAUGAAAAUGGUCAAGAAUGAGACGGUUGGUAUCAAUGUCUGGCCGAUGGAUGCAACUCAAUUUCUGUGGUUAGAUGGAUCGUGUCAGCGGUCCAUGAUGGAGAUUGAGUUGCCGCAAGAACCACUUCAAAGUCUUGUCGUGAACAGCAACACAUCUGUGGUGGUGAAAGCAUCAGAAACUAUGAAACUGCAAGGACUUAGCAUUACGACAAUGCAGUCCAGCGUCCUGUGCUCAAAUGUUGAGAUUCAGGGAGAUGAAGUUCUCCUAGAAACUACUUCGGGUGAUAUUAGUGUUGACAGCAUGACAAUCGACGCAAGCAACUCAUCAACAGCAGAAUCGCCGGCAAGAGUUUAUUCAGGGCUUGGGAUCGUCAGUUUAUCGAAUGUGGUUUUAUCUCAGUGUGAUCUUCAAGUUGAAACGGGAGCAGGCAGUUUAGUGCUCUCUGUUAAUACUGGGAGGAGUCAUAUUCAAGCCAAGAGCUCCUCUGCAUCGAUUUCAGUGGACGACAUACAUGCAAACUGGAUCACGUUGAAAAGUGGAACAGGUGAUAUCUAUGGAUCAGAGAUAUUAAUCGAGGGCAACUCUGCCUUCAUGGGUCGGCUAGAAGUCACAACAAUAUCGGGCGACGUCGAACUUAAAGAAAUCACAACAAGCGGUACCAUCCACGUAGAAUCAGCCUCAGGCAAAAUUUCGGUGCAACUAAAUACCGAAACGUUUGCCGGUAUGUAUUACAUGAGAUCAGAGUCCGGAUCCAUGUCCAUUCGUCAAACCAAUUAUUCCAACGAUGUCGUUGUAGAGGCGGAGGAUUCAAUCGAUGGGCUCGAGAAACACGGCAGUAUCAACUGCGAUCCAGCAGCCAACAACUGCAUAGCGUUCGGAAGUCUACACUUGCGCUCCAACUUUGGCGACAUCGAGGUCGUACUCGGUUGCAAUUCGUACAGUUGUAGUUAA